CAUACCCACUUCUUCUAUACUCCAUAUUGUUUAUAACAAACCAUAUUGAUGUCUGACAUGCUUUUGUAUAAAUUGACAGCUAUCAUAAAUUCGUUAUAUUUCUUAAUCUCUCCCAAACGCCAGUUCGUGCACUUCUGUCGCAUAAUAGCCAUGUACUACUACCGGAAGGGUCUUUUCUUUGUAUCCUUAACCCUUGUUUCCGUUUUAUUAUUUGCAACGUGGGCACGUAGUGUAGACCUGACUUUUCUUUGAACAUUGUUUAAGAAUAAACUGCUAAAGUAAGCUUAGCAAAAGAUGUGAAUAAGUAGGCAUAGAAAGUUUGAAAUCUUUCUCUUAUAACCACUUUUAUGAGAAUAAUCAUCAUAUAUGAUUUUUAUAACAAUAUUCAACUUCGUUUUUCU